AUGGCGUCGUCUACCACUCCUACUCCUGCAUCCCAGCCCACUCGUGCUUCUUCCAGACUGGGACCUUGGAUACGACUGAAUGGAAUCUCUUAUUCCCAGUUACCCGAGGCAGGUAUAGGCAUUGUAGCAGCUAGUGGAGCUAUACGACCAUUGAACGGUAGUGAUCAUCCUACUAGGAAUGCGAAGACAUUUAUCGCGGCAGUACUCGAAGAAGCAAUCCCAUUUCUCAACGGAAUGGUCCAGAAUGAACCACCCUGGUCAUUUCUCAAGUCCAAGACGGGCGUUCAGUUGUAUAAGCGCGUCGUCUCCAAGGAAGAACUAGAUUAUUGCAACGGGACACACGAUGAAGCAACAAAGAAAGCAAAUGAGGAAGGGGAGACUUGGUUUGCCAGAAGAAGUAUCCAUGAGAAUAAAGCAGAAGCAAACACAGCUUCUUGGGACGAAUUUACUCUCCAUAUCAAGCAAGAACACUUUGAGAGAGAGAAGGAUUGGUGUCAUUCUGUGCUCGCCAGUAGUAGGAGAGCUAUGUACUGGGAAACGAGCGAUUUUGAGAUCGUGGCUGGUGAAAAGCAAUGGAACAACAUCUCAUUGGAAGUUGUAGAGAUGAUUCAUAAGCCCCCGGUUGUUUCUGAGCGAAAGUUUCCUGAGGUACUGAUUACUGCAUCACUUAACGAACCUGUGCAGAAUGAAUUUUUGGUUAUCUCAAUACCCAUAACCGAUUCAGCCAAUGUCCAGUCACAAACUCCCAGCUUUCAAGAAUCCGGUUUCGCCUCCGCCAAAAAGAAAGGUCAAGUUGUGGGGGCCUACGCAUCGAUUGAACGAUGUUGUCUUCGUCCUAAUCCUAGUGGUGCAGCUGGGGAGAUAGAAUGGAUAAUGGCUACUGCUUCAGAUGCCAAAGGCUGGAUACCUCAAUUGAUACAGAAGCCCAGUAUACCAGGCCAGAUUCAAAAGGAUGUGAGCAUGUACAUGCGUUGGGUCAAAGAUCAGCGGAGAUCAAUACCUGAUGUUCUUCCACAAUAA